AUGGCGCUGGCCGCGGAUCAACGUAAGAAGAUACUACGAGUGUUGAUACUAUCUCUCCUUCUAGACCUGAUCUCCUUUACAUUCAUCCUUCCACUCUUUCCAUCGCUGCUUACGUUCUAUCGUUCUCAAGACCCUUCUCCGACCUCUCUCCUAAACCGUGUCUUCCACUAUCUCAACGCGUACAAGAACUCGUUCGCAAAGCCGAUCGACUCGCGAUAUGAUAUAGUACUCCUUGGAGGAGCGCUAGGAUCGCUCUUCUCUCUUCUACAAGCCAUUGCUGCCCCUUUCAUCGGCCGACUAUCCGACAGAUAUGGACGACGGACAGCGCUGCUCUGCUCCAUGGUCGGGAACACUCUCAGUGUCGCGCUAUGGGUCGCCGCGACGGAUUUUCGUACCUUCCUCGCCAGCCGCAUUGUCGGCGGUCUGAGCGAGGGCAAUGUGCAGCUGGCGCAUGCAAUUGCGACGGAUAUCAGUGACGAAAAUCAACGGGGCUCGACCAUGGCGCUGGUGGGUGCAUGCUUCAGCAUUGCGUUCACCUGCGGGCCAGCACUUGGAGCCGCCUUGUCGAACAUCACCACGGUGGCUGCAAAUCCGUUUGCGACCGCUGCGGGAGUGUCGCUUGUCCUUAUUGUCACCGAGACACUGUAUCUGUAUCGCAGUCUGCCGGAAACACACCCCCGGUUGACAAAGCUCAGUUUUGGUCCUCCCAGAGCUGAGGACACGGCCCCCUCUACACAAAAGAAUAACAAGCAAUCUGGUGCCUCAAAAUCCGACGUGACGAUGCCUCGCAAACACACGAAUAGCCCGGCCCUCCUCAACCUGCUUCACUUUCUCUUCCUUCUUCCUUUCUCCGGGCUGGAGUUCUCGCUUCCCUUCCUUACUGCCACAUUUUACGGAGGAAGCACCGUAUCUCCAUCUGCUCUGAACGGUCGUCUUCUCUCCCUGAUGGGACUCAUCGCCUCACUGCUCCAAGGGACCGUCGUCCGACGUCUACCGCCCCUCAUGACUCUCCGCGCCGGAGUCGUAGCUUGCACCAUCUCUUUCUUCCUCCUGGCUCGAGUCUCUUCGCUCGCCGGGCUCUACUUGGCCGGUGCUCUGUUGGCGGUGACCAGUGCUACGGUUGUGACCGGCCUGAAUAGCCUUGGUAGCUUUGAAGCGCGGGAAGGAGAGCGCGGCCUCGUGCUGGGUCGACUGCGAAGCUGGGGCCAGGUAGGCCGGGCUGCAGGCCCACUGCUCUUCUGCUCGCUUUUCUGGUGGGUUGGACGCGAAAUUGCUUAUACCACUGGUGGGUUCGCAAUGUUGGCGGUUUGUGUGGGUGUGUUUACGACGUUGAAGUCGCCCCCUAUCGGAUCUGCGACCAAGGCCGGCAAGGUGAAGGCCUAG